UCUCAGUGUUUGUGUUGCUCCCCUCGCGGAUGAAUCUCGCAGUGAUGAAGAUCAGAGUGGCUCGUUUUCGCGUUCGCCGGAGAUAAAGUGAUUUUAAGGAGAAAUGCAACGUGUUUCCUCUGAUAAUCACACGCGCGCGCUCUGUCUCGCACACCACCAGACCUGAGCUCACAUUGAGACGAAGAGCGGUGCUGGGAAGUUUAAUGUUUCUCAAGAGCGACGGAAGACAGUCACCCGAACAUCUGAGAAAAUUUCACCUGCUGGGUUUGGCGCAAAGAAUUAGGAUGACCUACAAAUGGUUUCUGUUUCUUCCCGGUGGGCUCAUGCUCCUCAUCUAGGGUGGGGGGGCAUCGCCCCAUUCUGCCAUGAAAGGCUACACCCCCCAACGCACCCGGCACCUGUCCAACUGCGAGCCGCCCCGUUCUCCCAGUCACCUGGACUCUCUGUACCACCCGUCUGCGUCCUCCACCCUUUCUCAUACCUCGUUCCCCGUACCAGCAGCCAUGGACCACUACGGAACCCUGGACCCGCACCACUUCUCCCCGUCACCCGGCCCGGGAGGUCUUCCGCCCGACUGCCUGAUGCCCCUCAACAACCAGCUGUCCUCCAGCAGCACCUUCCCCCGGAUCCACUAUAACUCGCACUUUGAUCAAGGGGAGUACGGUCACUCAGCAGCCGAUAGUAUUGGGGGAAUCAGCACAGGGACGCUGGGGACGUCUAUGUCCAUGGGAAUGGGUCUCGGAGUGGGACGGACCGCCAUGAUCACCAGCGGAUCUGCAACUAUAUCGGGGGCAGGAAAGAUGAACCGUUUGCCACCCAACCUCCUGGACCAGUUCGAGAAACAGCUGCCAGGGCAACAGGACGGCUUCAGCACAUUACAGUUCCAUCGCAGCACCGCUGUGACAACGACGAAACAGCAACAACAGCAGCGCACGGACAGUCCGGGAAAAAUACGCUAUUUAGUUCACUCUGUCCAGAAACUUUUUGCUAAAUCUCAGUCACUGGAAAACUCCGCCAUCAAAGGUAACAUGAACGGUCGCAACAGCAGAUCAUCAGGCAGCGACGACAAACAUCAUCGGAGUAAAAGCAAAGACCGGGCGAAGAGUGAAGGAACGGCCAAACGGAGGCCACGUUCCAAUAUGUCUGGAUACUGGAGUUCCGACGACUUGGACAGCGAUAUAAGUAAUUAUAGAAACCCCAUGGCCAUGAUGACUUUGGGCCGGCAAGGGGUGGGAUCCGGACCGGGGCCGGAUGGCCAGGUGGCAUCCAGGUACUUCAUGCAGGGCUACAGCACUAUCAGCGAGCACACGCUGAAAUCUUCAAAGAGUAACAGUGACCUAAAGCAUCAGGGGCUCCCAGCACUCCCGGGACCUGGUGGUGGAGGAGUCGGAGGAGGGAGAGGGCCGAUUUUUGAUGGGAACUUUGGUAAAGGGGGACCUUGGUCCACGCUAACGUUAGGACCCACAAGGCAAAUGUGCCAGAAGGGCUCGGCCACACUGGAUCGCACCCUGCUGAAGUCCAAGUCCGUCCAGCAGGAUCUGGGCUGCCACUUCCUGCAGGUGCGAGGGAGGAUGCCCUCCACCGGUGAUUGGACAGGGACUCUGGGCAGAAGUGGGCCCAUGGGUGAGAUCCCCUGUAGACGGAUGCGUAGCGGCAGUUACGUGAAAGCCAUGGCCGACCUUGAGGAUAGCGACGACUCCGAUGUGAGUCCAAAACCCUCACCGAAAAGCACCGCACGGAGGCAGAGCUACUUACGCGCAACACAGCAAUCACUAAGUGACCAGUUCCCUUCAAGAAAUUGUCUUCCUUCUCUGCGGGAGUUCUCUGGGAAUCGCAGUCUGGAUAACCUGGACUGCAUCGGAGGCAGUUCUCCAUUCCCAAACUGGGAUGAUGAUGACUUCAGUCAGGGCUGCAGCACUCUCGGACGCGGCAGCUGCAUCAGUCAGAUGCGAGACAUGGAGUUGAGCCGGCAUUAUGGAGAUGAGUUGGAAGACAUGCAUCCUCACUCACGAUGCAAUGAGCCUCCCGAUAUGCCUAUGCCCACAUGCUUCCGGUCCCGUAGCCAUAGUUAUCUUCGUGCCAUUCAGGCUGGCUGUUCACAAGACGAUGAUGACACAGCAUCAAUGGAUUCUGACUCACCGCCGCCCACCACAACAACAACAGUACGCACCUACAGCAACAGCACCGUCUCCACAUGCAUGACCAGCUGUAAGAAGGUGGCUCCGCCUCCUGUUCCCCCUCGAACCACCUCCAAACCGUUCAUCUCCGUCACCGUGCAGAGCAGCACUGAAUCCGCACAGGACUGUUACCCUGACCACCACGACCGCAAGAGCGAGGUCAACAGCCAAUCAGGGCGCAGCAACUCCUCAGACAGUCUCGACAGCACGCAGGCCAACAGUCUGGCCAAAGGGUCACGACCCCAGAUUCCUGUAGCGGCACCCCGGGAACCCCAGAUCCCAGCGGCCGUGGUAAUCUCUCCCAACCCUCUCCGCGAGUCCCAUAAUGACCAGGUGAAGGGGGAAGCUCUCGCUGCGGACGAACACCCUAUAGACCCAGUACCACGACGGAAGCUUUCCUCCAUUGGAAUUCAAGUCGACUGUAUUCAGGAAAUCCAGGCUAAAGUAGAGACGCCACCAUUGGCCAGAUUCCAGUCGAUCGGAGUUCAAGUGGAGGACGGCUGGACUUUCAGCCGCUCCAGUAGUAUGGCCUCUCGACAAGAGACGGACUCAGACACGCAAGAUCUCUCGCUUACAUCUCUGACGUUCCCAUCCAACUCCAAAAACACAGAGAAGAAAGUCAUGGUCAACAGCGCCAGCCAAUCAGUGGACUCACCCCCUCAGCUGUCCCUUGACAACGGUAACCAUGACAACGAUGUUGUUGUUACGACCAGCGGCCCCUCCAGACAGAUCCUGACCAAUCGCUCGACCACGCAGAGCAGCUCCUCAUCCUUCUCAGAGAGUCUGGAUCCGGCACUCGACCCGUCCUCGCUGCCCCCGCCCGACCCCUGGCUGGAGAGUGGGAAUGGAACAGGGAACGGAGGCCCCACCCAGCCUCUGACGGCCACGACGGGUGCAACGGCGUGUCGACGGGAUGGUCAUUGGUUCCUGAAGCUCCUGCAGGCCGAGACGGGCCGAAUGGAGGGCUGGUGCGGUCAGAUGGAGAAAGAAACCAAAGAGCACCAGCUCUCAGAGGAGGUGUUGGGGAAGGUCCGUAGCGCGGUGGGCAGUGCUCAGCUCCUCAUGUCCCAGAAGUUUCAGCAGUUCAGAGGCCUGUGUGAACAAAACCUGAAUGUGAACGCAAACCCGAGACCCACGGCUCAAGAUCUGGCUGGGUUUUGGGACCUUCUGCAGCUUUCAAUAGAAGACAUCAGCCUCAAGUUUGACGAACUUUAUCAUCUCAAAUCAAACGACUGGAAGCUAAAUGGAGACUCACCUGAGAAGCAGGAGAACCAGAAACAGGCUCCUCCGGUGCCCAAGAAGCCUGGGAAGAGUAAACCGACUCUGGGCCGCGAGAAGAGCAACGACGCAGUGGACAAACAAAGACAGGAGGCUCGCAAGAGGCUCAUGGCGGCCAAGAGAGCUCAGUCUGUCAAACAGAACUCGGCCACUGAGAGCGCUGACAGCAUCGAGAUCUACGUGCCCGAGGCCCAGACGCGACUCUGAGGAAGCGGGAAGGAUGCACACCGUACCAAGAUCAAGGGCUCCGGUAUCACACGAUAUGAAAAGCUGCUUUUGUCUUUUGACGGCAACAUGUAAUAAAACAGAGGUGAGAGAGGGAGACCGAAAUGAAGCAGUGCGAACAGAACACGUUUUUGGGACUGCCAAGGAAAUCCUCACAAAGAAUCCUAUUAGUUGCAAUCAUUAAUAUAAUUAUUGAUAUGAUAAUUAACAUCGAGAACUGGUAUUGAUAAUGAUUAUUGUUCUAAAUUCUAUAUGAGAUUGUUUUAAAUGUUCUAAUAUUUUGGAUAAGUAGAAACACACGUCUGUCACCCAACGCUUACGUCUUUGCCCGCUGAAAUCAACGUCUUCCUGUUAUACACUUCGGUUUCUGUUCUUCUUCAUCUCUUCCUUCACCCAGUGAUGCUCCUCGUCCCCUUAUUUCUGUCCCUUAUGGAACAGAGUGAAAGGCUUUUCUCCAGUCGGGUGUGAACGCUGGUAAAUCCACUCCAGAUCUAAUGUCAGCGUGUUUCAGGUCAGGCAGAGGGCGCUCUUCCAUUUCCUGUUUAAUUUGUUUUGAUGUUUACAAGUCAUGCAUUGUGGUAUAUCAAAUGAAAGCUGUUGUACCUCAGUCAUGUCUCCAUCUCAGGUCCUGAAGUGUCACGGUUGUCGAGUUCCCAUGAGUUUGUACAGGUUUUCAAUCCCAAUAUUCCUUGUUAUUUCUGCUCUGCUUUAAAGGGGCUAUAUGUAAGAAUUUUCAUGUAUUAAUCACUUUUUUUAUUGCCAAUGUGUGAACAGCUUGUGACGAAACUUAAAAAACGCUACUUCCCAGACUUCCUAGGUUGUCUAUGAAAGCCUGUAGACUGAUUUUUAUGUGAAGGACUCGGGAUGUUUUUGCCAGGAAAAUCAAAAGGAUGUGACGGUUAUGCACAUUCCCGAGAGCCUCUGUUCCGUUCACACAUGAAAUGAAUGCUUACAAUGUUCAGGAUAAUGCCGAUAAGAUAAGAGCUAUUCUGUAUUUUAAUGUUAAUGUGUCAUGCAAAGAAAAUGGAUUCAUUCAAACUAUAAUCUCACAUGAUUAGAUGUAUAGUCUGUAGUCUCAAAUAUACUUUAUAAUCAAACGAUCAUAACUCUCAACAUGAUGCCAGUGAAUCACAGAGCUGCUGCAAAUAUAUCCACAUCACUAUGAUCAUAUGCUUUCUUCACUGCUGUUUUCUCACCGCUGUCAUUUUUGUUGCGUUUUUGUUUUUGAAAGGAAAGCGCGCAGCACAUAUUUACAUAUUCAUCUAAACGUCUGAAUUAUAGGCCUAUAAUUAAAAUAAUUAACAGUCUAUAAUAAAUAAUAAUUGACUGGGGUUUGAGACUUCUUCACCGUGCAAAGUUUGCACAUUGCUUGUGUGAUAUCCACUGACUCGCAUCAUGGUUUGAAACGGAAAAAAAUCCACUAUUGUGACGCAACAUUUUUCUUUAUCACCAAUUGCAAAAUGAAGGACGAUUCACAUUUUCCAAGAUACUCCUUUAUUUAAUGUUAAUUUUAACUAAACAAAUAAUUUAAUGAACAAGUAAAUUAAUAAAAGAGGCGCCGUAUAUGCAGGUGGCUUGGAAGACGUGGGUUAUAUGGUUUAUCCAUUUUGCAACACGAACUGGAGGCAAGAGUUUACUAAAUUGCUGCUAGUUUGAUAGCUACAGAACUUAUCUCCCUCUUUUCAUUUUCUUUCUUGCUGCAUUAAAGAUGUAAUGGUUUAAUGCUGCCUUAGACAUGCUCUCGGAAUUUUCGUAAAUACAUGAACGUCCUAUUUCCUCCUAUUGAAAGCGUUGAGUUCGUAAUCGCAACUUCAGAGGUGGGAAUUGUCAAAUUUCCAAUAGCACUUGAAGGCAGCAUAAUUUCUGUUUACAUGCAGGUGCAGUGAGGGGGAAAAAAAACACUGAGUUUAGAGCAAUCGGUUCGUAGCACUGCUUCAACUUUAAGAGAACCUCACGAGGGGCGACCAAAAUUUCUGACAUGUCAGAAAUUCAUCCGACCAUCCGAUUGUCGGUCGGUCGAGAGGUUAAUCGCCUCUCGGUUCCCCCUGUACACUGCACAACAAACAACGCACGACAAAGCUGAAAUUCGGCCUGUAUCAAAAACAAAAACACAAAAGAGUUGCACGAGUCAGAAUUCGGCUUGAAAUCGGAUGGAAAUCGCACAGUGUAUACCUGGCUCGAAGAACGAAAAAGAACUUCGUAAGUAGACUAUCGGGUCACAUUCAGUCUCUUGUGCAUUACGAGAGAACGAGCAGCAAGUUGCUGGCUGCAGUUCACUUAACGGCCACAGGUGUCGCUAAUAACAAGGCUUUCUGAAUUCUACAUAUAGCCCCUUUAAGGAAAACAACAUAACCUAAUAUUUUAUUGAAUGAAGUGCCUGUGAAUCAUUAUUGUGGGUAGCUGUAGGACCCUUGUAUCAAACAUGAUAAUAUCACAAUUACUCCAUUUAGUCAGCACUCCUUAGAACACGUAGUGUUGCAAUGCUAUGGUCAGUUUAGACAGUUCGAUAAAACUUUUUUUAUCACUCUGUUUUAAGUAAUGAGCUAAAUAUGAUUCUUCAUUGCACUUCAUACUUUAGAUUCUUCUUAAAACCACAAAUCUAGGCUUGUACCUUGUCAUACCAUUGCAACCUUUUUAUAGACAUUUAGUUUAAAUUGUCCAAUGAAUAAUUUGGAUGAAUAAUAUCAGACAAUGACUAGAUAUAAUUACUUUGCUGUAACGAACGAAUACACAUUUGAAGUCAGGACUAAAAUGUGACUUAAUUUGGACUAUGAAUUGUAUGAAAACAUCUGGUUUGUUUUAAUUAUGAAAAAACAUUGUCUUAUAUGAUAAAACUGACAAUUAAGUUAUCAUAUCCACAUA